AUGGGAAAUCCGUGGAAGAAGCCGGAUCAUGUCCCGAUCCUGCAUCCAGAAGAUAUCAAUGCCAUUUCAGGAGACAGGAUCUCCAUUGAUCUAAACCUGGACAGAGUCAAGGCUAACAUGGAGAUGCUUGAUCGAGCUGUGGUGGGGAAGAUUCUGGGUAGAAGAGCUUCAUUCUUCUUGUUGAAAUCUGAGAUCCAACGAAAUGAAGUGUUAAGGGGCGGCCCCUGGUUUAUCAGUGGUAAUCUGGUGGGAUUGGAUAGGUGGACACAUAAUUUCUUCCUAGCUUCUAUGGAGGGACUGUCGUCCCCGGUUUGGAUACGAUUACCCAAUCUCCCAUUGCAAUAUUGGGAUGAAUGCAACAUUGCUCGGAUCGCCACAAAGAUCGGUACUCCUUUAUGGAUUGAUGCAUUGACAGCAAACUGGGGAAGAAGAGAGUAUGCUCGGGUAUGUGUGCGGAUGAAUUUGGAAAAUAAACUCCAGGCGGGAGUGUGGGUCAAUGGAUGGAACGGGAGGUUCUAUCAGAAGGUGGAAUACGAAGGCAUUGGCAUUAUGUGCUUCGGCUGUGAUAAAAUUGGCCAUCGGAGAGAUCAUUGUCCUUUGAAAGAUGGUGGUCAAGGGGAUGCUGGGACGAGGAAAGCAGGAGAGCAGUUGAAACAGAGUGAGCCGAUGGUGAAGAACUCUGAGCAGUCCUCAGGAAGGAUUGAGCGAGUUGAGAAGGUGCAAACCAGGAUAGUUACUCAUCCUGUGAUCAAAAUUGAAGGAGGUGGACAUAGUAUGGGGGGAGACAGCAGAAUUGUGGAAGGAGAGAAGGAUGUUAAGCAGGGAGCUAUUGCCGGAACUUCCAUUGGGAAGGAAUGUGAUCAGGAGAAUGAUGAUGAGAUGGGACCGUGGAUUCAGGUUCCCCCUCGACGAAGAAGGAGUGCGCAACCUUCUGGGAGGAAUUUUGUUGGUAACAACAAUAGACAGUUACAGAGUAAUCCCAAACAAGUUGAUUUGGGGAAGGUUGAAGCUCCUCAGAGCACUUUGAGACCCACUCAUAAGCAGAACAGGAUGGGGUUUAAGAAACCUUUACUCUUCACGGCAGGUAUGCCAUCUCCCUUGCCAAAAACCAAUCGAUUUAAGUUUAUGAAAGAACUUAGUAAAUUGGGACCUAUCACGGAGUUCUCAAGGAAAAGGAGGAUGGAAAUGACAUAUAUCACUAAUGGUGGGGAGGAUUCUCCUAUUGAUUCUAGCGGCGAGGACGCUUCCCCAGUUGUUUUUUAA